UGGUGGAUGUCCCAUCGGCUUUAGCGACAUGUGCCCUUCCGCCUUGGCGCCUCCUACCCACGCGUCCUCUGAGGCUCUGAUGGCGACGGCGUACCACCAUGCCAUGCCGCUGCGCGACUGCAACGUGCUGAUCAGGACCCUGGCCAGGCGCGGCAGCUUCCCGCGCGUCAUGGCGGUGUACUACGACCUCCGCGCGCGCGGCCUCGUCGCCGACAGCUUCACCUACCCGUUCGUGCUCAGGGCGAUCGGCGUGAUGAAGCUACCCGUCGAGGGUCGCAAGGCGCACGCGGCCGCCGUGAAGACCGGGUUCCGGUGGGACGCGUACACUGCGAGCUCGCUGGUUGACAUGUACACGAUGCUGGGCCGCGCAGAUGUCGCGCGGAAGGUGUUCGACGAAAUGCCGCAGAGGUUCCUGGUGCUGUGGAAUAUGAUGAUCAGGUGCUACAUCAGGUGCGGCCGCUUCAAAGCAGCAGUUGCGUUGGCUGAGGAGAUGGAGAGAAGCGGUGCCACACCUGACAGGGUCACCUUGGUGACUGCCGUGACCGCUUGCUCCAGGGCAGGAGACCUGAGCUUGGGAAGGAGGAUCCACUCAUACAUGGAUGCAGUCUUUGGAUUCAGCCUCCCAGUUGCAAAUGCGCUUCUGGACAUGUAUAUGAAGAACAGGUGCUUGGAAGAGGCAGUGAAGAUGUUCGAGCAAAUGCCGGAGAGGAACAUCAUUUCUUGGACUAUACUCGUGUCGGGAUACGCCUUUGCUGGUCAGCUGGACAAGGCAAGAGCACUCUUCUAUCAAUGCACGGAGAAGGAUCUAAUUCUGUGGACUGCAAUGAUCAACGCUUGUGUGCAACAUGGGAACUUUGAGGAGGCAUUUGCAUUGUUCCGAGACAUGUGGUUGCAACAGGUGGAACCGGACCGGUUCACUGUUGUCACUCUCCUGACAUGCUGUGCCAAUAUCGGCGCUCUAGAUCAAGGUGAAUGGAUCCAUCAGUAUGCUGAGGGUAGGAAGAUGAAGAUUGAUGCAGUUCUCGGCACAGCAUUGAUUGAGAUGUACUCGAAGUGUGGGCAUGUUGACAAGGCACUGCGUGUCUUUGGGCGAAUGCAGGGCAGGGACGCUGCUGCCUGGACUGCCAUCAUCUGUGGCCUGGCCACACAUGGGCAGGCCAGUAGAGCUCUUGAAUUGUUUGAGGAGAUGCAGAUAAACAAAGUGAAGCCUGAUGGUAUUACGUUCAUUGGGGUACUGAGUGCCUGUUGCCAUGGUGGCUUGGUUGAUGAUGGACGCAAGCAUUUCCAAGCCAUGAAACAAGUAUAUCGGAUAGAACCGAGAAUCGAACACUAUAGUUGCUUUGUCAAUCUUCUAGGCCGUGCCGGAGUACUAGAUGAAGCCGAGAGGUUGAUCAAUGACAUGCCUGUAAACAAGGACACUAUGCCACUGUUUGGUGCCCUCCUCACAGCUUGCAAGGCUCAUGCCAAUGUUGAGAUGAGCGAAAGGCUGGCCAAACGAAUUGCCGAGCAAGAUUCCCCAAACCCUGGUGUCAAUGUCCUCAUGUCUAAUGUGUAUGCAACAGCAAGUCGAUGGGAGGAAGCAAUAAGAGUAAGGAGCAAGAUGGCGCACCCCACUGUCAAGAAGACUGCAGGGUGCAGCACGAUUGAGGUAAAAGGAUGCUGACGAUGGAACCAAUACUGGGAUAUAUCUAAUGUUGGUUAAGCAUUCAUCGCGAUCAAUUAAUCACAACAUGCUUGAUCAUAUAGUCAAAGAAAUUUAACUCAGUAACAAUUUUAACCAAUUUAGUGGUCAGCCUGGUUUGUCUCCCAAAGCUAUCAAACCAAAAUGACCAUAGCACUGUAGAUAUUGAAGUGCCCAGAGUUCUCUUGGACGAAAAGUAAAGAGUACUAGACCUGACGACUCACAAAGUAGGAUCAGAGGUCUACUUCUCGCAAAAAAAAAAGGAUCAGGUUUCUACUAGAAACAGAGGAGAGCAGAAUUUAAUUGGGGAGAGCAGUUUAUGAGCAUUUUAGGGCCUUCUGCAAUUAGUUAACUGAAGGAACUUCAAAAAAAAAAAAGUUAACUGAAGGAACAUCAGAAGACAGCUGUAUCGAUUGCAGCAUAGUCCACAGCAAAGCACGGUGUAUGUUAUCAUAGUCAUUAGAUCCUGUUCUGUAAUAUUUUUUUUAUUUUGCUUGAAGCAGUUUAUCGUGGCAAAAUGCAUGGCAUUUUGAGAAAGGUGCAAAGUAAACCUCACACAUGUGCAAGGAAAUUGGCAUGCCAAGUUAUAUGCUA